AUGGACUCACAACUGGCCCGUGAUGCCAUAGAUCUGUUAGCAACGCUAGAUCAAGAACAAAGGAAUGAUCUUUCAGUACAUUUAUACUCUGCGCAUCUAUUGAAACACUUAUUGUAUAGAGCGAAUAAGGAUGAGAAGAACAUAUUACGUACCGAGACGUUUGUGAAGACCGUCUUGAAAGAAGAUUGGACCGCGUGGCCGAGCAGAAAUUCAAUAAUCGACCCCAAUACAUCCGAUAUAUAUGAAGAUCAAGCAGGGUGUCUCGCCUCUGAAAAUAUAGGCGGUAUUCAUAGGAAAGGGGUACAACCGGGUCAAUUGGACCAGUCAUCGUUGAACCAUGCGACAGAGAUGUUAUAUGGAGAACUCAAUGCGUUCUGGCAGCAGAAACUCAAAGAGAGUUCGGUAAUGGGCCAACAAACUGAAAAUAAGACCGCCGAUGAGGGUCAGAUUGAGGAUCCAAAUACAAUUGUCGAUGAAAAUGACAGUGAGAUACUUGGCGUAAAUGAUACGGCGCUGGACGUCAACGAAAUGGAUUUACCAGAUGAUAUAUUUCAAAACCUACUGUUCAAGGUGGAUAGGUUUAUUGGAUCUUUGCAUUUGGAUGCAGCUGAGACCAACACUGUCACGUUAUCGACAAUUCCUAGUGAGCCUGAGAUCAAAUUAAAGAGUACCACCAUAGGCAAUACUGAAGCAGUGACGACCAGAAGUAAAGAAAAGUACGAUUACAAGGACAUAAUUGUGCACGGCUGUGAGACUGGGGAAGAUAUGUCUCGACAAUAUUUGCGGGCCAUUGAUUUAUUUCAAGAUCUGCCGAAGACUAUGGACAAAUCGCAGUUUGUACUCCCGGAUGCAUACUUGGACAGGUUCUCUCAGGUGAACCUGGGCAACUCGGACUCGGAACAAUCAGAUGAUGAUCCACAAGAUCAUACAAAGCUCGAAGAGAACAUUAAGAAGAAAGAAAACAGUGGUAAGAAAGACGUGAAAUCGUUCGUUGAUAUGAAACGAAUUAUCAAGGAUCGUAAUAAUGAUCCUGUAGUGAGAAGAGAGACAAGGCUCCUACUUAGGAAGGAUGAGUUUGCGAGGGACAAGAAAAUGUUCUUCACGGUCUUGAAUCACCAAAACUCGAGUGAGCAAUCCAACAAACCUCGAAGAAGAAUCAAGAAGAGAGAUAAGAACAACAAUAAAAAUAUAGUUUCACUAAAUAUUGACUCGGAUUAUGGACCUGGAGACUUGGAUUGA